UCAAAAGAAAAAUCAAAAUGAGUGCAGGAGCACGCGAUCGCCUCCCCCUACACUUGCAGUAAAAUCAGUUCUUAUACCAUCCCAAUACUAAGUUCGUACGCAAAUGCAGGAUCGUGAUAUUCAAGACAUUGAGAAUGGUGUGGAAAACAAUGACGAAUUGGCGUUCCGAGGAAGAAGGAGAAGCAUCUUCGCGCGCUAGUAAGUCUUUCGAGCAAAGAAGAGCCCCAUGGGCAGGCCGAGGGCAAACACGAAUCGUCUAUAAUCCUAAUCGGACGUCGUGUGGUCACUUUUUUCGCAGCUCAACAUGGUUGACCCGGCAUGACCGGAGGGCGAGUGUCUAUUUUCUUCACACAUCCGUAGACUAUGAGGCGUGGCGUGGACGUUGGAGACCUCCUGGAUGCGAGAAUUAUUUUAGGGUCAAGAAAAGACGAGACACGGUGGAGGGGACGGCGGGAAAGCGAAACAAGGACAGAGCUGAGCUACCUCUGGCAUCGUCAGCAAGGUCGAGGAGAAGAGGAAAUAUUUUUUGGGAUCUCCCUGAAAUGGAGCCGUGGUUCUUACUUUUGUACUCUAUAUCUAUAAUCUUGUGGCUGGCGUUUCGGUUUCAGUUGGAAGCGCAGGCUGUAUCACGACAGCAAGGGCUUUGCGUUUUCGCAGCGACGCCUCCGAUACCCGCCACUUUCGCGGAACAAGAGCGGGAACAGCUCCCGGAGGUACAGAGGGCCGCUCUGUGUGAGCUGAAGAAGGCGAUAUGGGAGAAGAAUCCGGAGUACCUCUUCUACACGCAGAAGGCAUUUCCGGCGGCCGAGCAAGCGGACUUGAGCCGGCGCCCCUACGAGCUUUUUCGUCUCCUUCCAAUCGACGUCCCGCCUGAGUUGGUUCCCCACCGGCAGCGGACGUGUGCUGUUGUCGGCUCCAGUGGCGUUCUUGCAAAGCAUCAAUUAGGAAAGCACAUCGACGCACACGAUGUCGUCCUGAGAGUGAACGGCGCCCCUGCCGGCAACCGCGAUCACAGCCAGCAUUUGUCUGCACGACCGGUAGCUACAUCGGCUGCUGCAAGAAGGAGCACAGAGAAACCACUGUCCAAGGAUGUAGAAUUGGGUCCUCUAGAGGACAGCAGCACACAGGACGCGGGCGAGGUCUACUCGGAGCAACUCGCGUCUAUUGCCGGCACGCGCACGGACAUUCGCCUCGUGAACGGCUGGCACAUCUCGGAAGCAAAGCCCUAUGUGUAUGGAGUAGAGUCCACGAAGAUAGUGGACUGGCCGCGGAAAGAAGUGCAUGGAGAGGAGAUUCUCCACUGGCGCAAUCGAGACACCGUCGGUGACAUCUUGGUCGGUGUUCUCCCGACCUCGGUCUACAAAAACGGGUUCUACGAGGGCGCCGAUUUUACAAAAUUCUCGUACUGGAUGAAGUACCUGGGAAUCCGUCGCAAGGACAUGCGAGACUACGAGUUUGCGUCCGCCUUGGGGCAUGUGCGGACGGACCGUACUGACGGGCAGGGUACGGGGGGGCCCACCGAUACUUUCUGGGAGAGUAUGUUGCACCUUGACAAGUUCUCGUCCACACGGCAGCACUUGCUCAUUCAGGCUCGCAAGCUGCUGGAGCGAGAUGGGCGGGCGGAAAUGAAGAAAUCGCACGUAUACCGAAAGUUGCAGCGUCUCCGGAAGAAGCUACGGCAGAACUUGAGCACCUGGAUUGCGCUGGCGAAGGAGAGGCGGACUAUGUUGAUCGCACAAAAUAGAUUGAACGACACUUGGAGCGAGGAAGCGCUGGUCGGUCCCUGGCUUGACUUGGAUAACAUAGAAGAGUUCGAACGUGAGCGAAUUGAUGAGGAAACCGCAGCAGCCGGUCGUCUUCUCAAGGACGAAAAUGAGGCUGAGCAAGACGAUACUGACCAGCUCGUAGAUCAUAUUCAUACCCUGUCGUUGCCGAGAGACAAUAGACACGGAAUAAACAACGUCGACGUGACGAGUGCACGAGACAGCACCAGCAGCAAGAUCAAAGCCACGGAAGCGGUAGAUCCUUUAGCAGUGGAGUACGCCCGAGAAUACACGGAUCUCCAGCCAGACAGCUUGCCAUAUUACUUGCUCACGCCGAACUUGCUUACCGGACUACAAAAAUUUUUGAACGACUUCAAGCCCUCUGGCCCCAGCACCGGGGCUCUGGGAAUCGGGUUGGCUUUGCACCUCUGCAACACCGUAGACCUCUACGGCUUCGAGUCCGGCGUCGACGGAAUGCAGGAACCGACAGAAGUCAAAGCCCAUUAUUGGGACGAAGGUAUGGAUCCUCAGAGGCGCACCGAGAUGCAACAAGCGCACCCGAUUCUCAGCGAGGAAAAGCGAUGGCAGCAGCUCCGUAUUCCCCACCCAGAUAACCUACCGGGACUCAUGCGCAUCCCGGGUCUUGGCAGAUUGGACGCCGCCUCGGAGGACUGUGCGAAAGUAUGACGUCUUUCUAAUCGCGGCCACGCACCUGCUCCUCAGUACGUAGUACGACCACCACCGCGUUUUUUCAGCUUUUGUUUGGACAACAUCAACUCUGGGUGCGCGGCGGUUCCCAGAAGGGCACGUCGAUCCCCUGAACGUGAACGCACACGAGGAAUAUCAUGAGAUCCAAUAGAAUACAUUUACAUUUUUCCCGAAGAGCGUCACGUAGUCGACAUAUCAGCUCCAGCUUGCGAGCGACCUCCAGAUCGAUUGCAGUUGCACACAAGGCCAUUCUUGGCAAGCGCUCAGAUCAUCGAUUUUCGAAGCGUCUCAUCGCAGUGCUCGGCCAAAGGUAGGAGCAGAUGUGACCAUUCUCUGCAAGUUUUUUUAGUGUCCCGUAAUGGUGAAUUAAAAGUCUAGAAGAACUACGACCACGGCGCUGUUGGUUCUCACAUUCACAUAACAGGAGGUAGAGGUAGAGGCAGAGGUAGAGCAGUGCGGCGCAGAAGUGUACGAAUUGUUUUAUUGUUUGACUUCUUCCCGAUUGUGGACCUGCACCUGCAGCAACAUUCUAGAGAAGUUUUCAACAAGUAUGACUAGAAAUUGACUACCGUUGCUGGAGGAAGUAAAAGUGAGAUUUUAUUACUCGAGGAAGUUGAGCAGGAAUUCACAAGUGGUCUGACAGGUGCGUCGUGCAGGCCGCACUAAGUAUUUCCGCGGAAGAUUGACGGGUUCUUGUUUCAGUUUCUG